UGUUUACAAGCGCGACACAGGAAGCUCUGGGGAGGGAGAGGAGUGUUUUAGUAGCUUUCAAAACAAAAAUGCAACCAACUCAGUUGUUAUAAACUAAUAUAUUAUUGAUAUAUAGAAAUGCAAGUAUCGAAAUUCUUUACAAGCUACAGAAUCACCAAUUUAAAAAAAGCUCCCGGAAGAGCAAAACGGUGCAGUGCGACCCGAAGUUCUGAUCGGUAAAAAAAGAAAAAAAAACACCACACCAGUAAGUGCUGUGUUGCCAGUGAAAUGGGUUCAGAGAACAGUGCUCUUCAGAGGUACACACUGGAAGAGUCCCUUCUGACACUGCCAUCUGGACUCACAAUCUACCCGGCUGUCUUAGAUGAUCGAAAGCUUGCCUCAGUCUUUGUAUACAAGCAGGAAAAUGAGGAUAAAGUCAACAAAGCUGCCAAGCAUCUGAAAACUCUGCGCCACCCCUGCCUGCUGCGCUUCUUGUCCUGUACAGUUGUAGCUGAUGAGAUCCACUUGGUGACAGAGCGUGUUCAGCCCCUGGAGUUGGUGCUUGAGAUCCUCUCUGCAGAAGAAAUCUGUGCCGGGAUCUACGACAUAUUACAAGCGCUAAUCUUCCUUCAUGACCGAGGUAAAUCAAGUCACAAUAAUGUGUGUGUCUCAUCAGUCUUUGUGAGUGAAGAUGGCCACUGGAAGCUUGGAGGAAUGGAGACAGUUUGCAAAUUCUCAGAAGCUUCACCUGAGUUCCUAAGAAACAUUCGAACUGUGAGAGAACAAAAUGCUAUUCCACCUGAGGAAAAGGCUGAAGGCUUUAAGACUCUGCCGGACAAAAAUGGACAUGCUCGAGAUGCCUAUUCUUUUGGAGGAAUGGUGGAAAACUUUCUGCCAAUGCUGAGUGAUUAUGUUUCUGAAGAGAUGGCAACAGGCUUCGAGUGCACCCUUCAGAGUAACUUUCUGAACCCGGAUCCUUCAGCUCGGUUACCUCUUUGCAGCCUAUUGUCCCACAAAUUUUUUAGGAAUGAGUUCUUGGAAAUCAUGAACUUCCUGAAGAGCUUGACUUUAAAAACUGAAGAGGAAAAGAAUGAAUUUUUCAAAUUUCUCCUGGACAGAGUUCAGACACUGCCUGAGGAGCUGAUUGCUACUCGACUUGCCCAUAAGCUGUUGAAUCCGUUGGUAUUUGCAGAGCCUAUAGCAGUUAAAUGUUUCCUUCCCCAUCUCCUCAUGCCAAAGAAAGAUCCAGUUGGUAGCAGCCAGGAUUGCCUCCUGUCGGUCUCUCUUUACCGUAAUCAUGUAAUCCCCCAACUGCUGAAACUCUUUAAAGUUCACGAGGAGCAUGUUAGGAUUGCGUUGCUAUCCCACAUUGAAUUAUAUGCUGAACUUUUUUCACAUGAUGAUCUUAAGAACCAGAUACUACCACAGGUGUUACUUGGAAUGAGAGACACUAAUGACUGCCUAGUAGCUAUGACCCUCCACAGCUUGGCAGUGCUAGUACCCAUACUUGGAGCUGAGGUAGUAGUCGGUGGAGGAAGAACAAAGGUCUUCAAACGUACAACGCCCAGCUUCACCAAGUCAACAGAUGUCACACCUGAAGUCUCUCCAGUUCACAUUAUUAAUAGCUUCAAAAUACUGGCGUCCCAGCCAUCAAAAAACACCAUGAAGCUGCAUUCCAAACCAUCUGAAACAAAAGAGCUAGUACUGGGAAACAUGGCUUCCUUGGAGCAAACAGAGCAGUCUGCACAUCUUCAAGUGUCAGCUAACACCACAGGUAGGAAACUGUCGUUAAAUGGUUAUACUGACAAAAGUGCUGUUGCCAUUGUUGGAGAGGAGCGUGUGCAGAAGAUUGUUAGAACUGUGGAAGAAUGGCCAGAUUGGAGUGAUGCUGAAGAGACAGAAAAAGAGAACAUUGUAGAAAUACAUAUUUGUUCUGAAGAAACCCAGAUAAGAGGUAGCAACCAGAUCAGCAACACUGUGGGUGGAGAAGCUGAACCUUGGGAUGACUUUGAGCCGUGUAGCGAGGUUUCGGAGAAUACGGACAGUCUUUCUACUUUUACGUCAACAUCGGACGCAACAAGUGGAAUCAGCCAAUCUUCUGAACCUACAAGGCAAUCCCUGAAGCUCAAUUCAGCACAAAAAACAAGAUGUGAGAACACAUUAGGUUCCGGGACCAAUGGCUGGAACCAGAAUCAGGUAUCACAACAGGAGGCACAACAGCUCCCCAUGAAACCACAUCCAGUAAAAAAAACCUCAGGUUCUGGUUUAGGAGAAGAAUUCACAAUAGAUAUAAAAAAGAAGCCAGAGAAAGAUCCUGAACUGGACUUCUUUGUGGACAUGAUUCCAGAUAUUAAAUUGUCUUCUGCAGCGUUGUUGGUUAUACCUGAAAGGACAGCACCAGCUGAAAUUGAAACAUCACUAAAUGUGUUUGCAUCAAAGUUUGCUGCUGAUUUGACUGAAACAGAUGCUGCAGGAUGGGGAAAUGAUGAUGACCUAAACUGGGAAGAUGAGAACAACUGGUGAGAGUAUGUGUGCCAUAAAUUCAUACCCAGAGCCAGGACCUUGCACUCUGUCAUGAAGUUCCGUAAAUAAAUAAAAAAGACUUGGCAUUAGAUGUACUGCUUUGUAAUGCUUACUGUUGCAGUUCUAUCACUCAGUGAGCUGCUGCUGCACGAGACAAGUUAGUCCACAGUAACAAGUCACCUUUCCAUUGAAAGAAAGCAUUUUUUUUUUUUUUUUUUUUUUUUUAUAUAAAAGUGCUCACUUUCUUCUCAACUACUACUUUAAUUUGUGCCAGAUAAGGUAGACUGUUGACCCACUGAGUCUAAUCAGUUUAAAUUUGGAUAUUUGUCCACUGAAAAUAGGAUGCAGACAAUUCAAUAAUAUCUAAUGUUGGUGGCUUGCAUACUUUUAGGGUGUUUGAAAUGAUAAUGCUGCAAUUAAACUUUAGAACCAGUGGUGAGAAAAGAGCUUAUUAUUGUAACACAGUUAUAUAUGAAUUUUUAUAUCUCUUUGUGCCAUAUUUCUUUUGCAUCAAUCACAGAACAAGCUGUAAUUUGUGUUUUUAACUUGUUUCCAAAGGGAAAAAAAGAAUGACUGUAUAUUUUUAAUUUGGGGAGAAAUUGCCAUGUAUAAUUUAUUUGUGUUUACUGUUGAUGGAAUAAAUGUUUCUACCUGA